AUGCAAGUGAGAAGACUUGGCAAUGAAGGCCACAUUCACCAUGAAGAAACGCGAGAGAUUUCGCCGCUUAUUAGCGGAAAAACUCGUUUGACUCCAAAAAAGGCGAAACAGAAGAUCCCGUGGCUAGAACGUUUAGCAAUACUUAUGGCAAUACGUCUUGCCAAAACCAUCACAAGAGCGAGCAAAAUGAAAUUUCCACCAAUAAAUGUUCUAAGCGGAAGUGAAAUCGCCCUCUCAUGGCUGAAGUCUUCCAAGAACGUGCCCUGA